AGGAAGGAAAAAACACAGAGAGAGAGAGAGAGAGAGGAAUUAAAAACUAAAUAAAAUAAAGAGAAAAAACGCGGCUGCUCUGUACACCAAAACCAGGGGGGGACUCUCCCUCUUUGCUUAAUCGAUUCCAGCUAUAGAGAGAUCGCACGAAGACAAUCAGAAAAUCUUAGGUUCUGGAACACGAUUACGUUAUUGUCUGAGAUCGUCUUGUUAGAUAAAUUAAUUUUGUUGGAUUGAACGUUUUAGGAAUUUUUUUUUUUUUGUGCGUUGUGUUUGGUUGUGUCGAUAUUGAUAUCUGUGAUCGGAUUUGAUUUUGAUUGAAUUAGGGCAAAUCCUUGCUGGGUUUUCUGUUUUUAUUAAUGGGUCGAGGAAAGUUGGUUGUUUGGUUUUGUGUCUGUGGAGAUGUAGAGGUGAGUUUCAGGGUCUGAUAAAGAGGGGGUUUUUGAAUGAUUUCCGUAGGGAGUAGUGAUGCAAGGAAGGGGCUAGGGUUAGGGUUUGGUGUUGGAGGGAGAGAGAUGGAGGAGACUGAGCUCGAAGAAGGAGAGGCUUGCUCUUACAAUAACAACGAUGAUUAUGAUGCGAGCAUGGACCCGGAUAUUGCUCUCUCCUACAUCGAUGAGAAACUUCAAGAUGUCCUGGGACAUUUUCAAAAGGAUUUUGAAGGUGGUGUCUCAGCAGAAACUCUUGGGGCAAAAUUUGGUGGCUAUGGUUCAUUUUUGCCUGCUUAUCAGCGGUCUCCAAUUUGGUCUCAUCCAAAGUCUCCGCUAAAAGUUCAAAGCUAUAACACACUAAGAUCACCAAACAAUUUGCUGUUGGAGGGAGCCCGUCGUAACUUCACAGCAUCAUCAACUGCAAAUCAGUUAAGACUUGGACCUGCUUGUGCAAGUUCAACAUUUGUGCCUGCAUCAAAAACACCAUCACUGAAUGAUUUGGCCAAAAGAGAAACAUGUUUGCCAUCCACCCGUGUGGAGGAAUCUGCUCCUUUGCAUGAGUUUGUAAACAAGAAAUCUUCUAAUUUGCCAGACCAGAAAAGUUUGAAGGUUCGAAUCAAAGUGGGUUCUGAUAACUUGUCUGCACAGAAAAAUGCUGCAAUCUAUAGUGGCCUUGGCCUUGAUGUAUCACCAUCAUCGUCACUGGAGAACGGCCCUUCAGAAAGUGAAGGAAUGUGUCAUGAAUAUGCUUCAUUUGAGUCCCCCGCCAAGAUUCUCAUGGUCAUGACUUCCUUUCACUUGCCUGAUGAGAUACUGUUAUCACCUCUCGCUGAUGAUCUAAUUCACUUGGUUGAAAAGGAAAAGCUUUUGAAAGAUAAUAAGUACAUGCCUAUUUCCAGGUUUGGCCUGGAGAGUUCUAGCAUCAUUGGAACUGGAUCUGAUUCUCGGAAGAAUGAUAGGAAAGGAGAGAAGAAUGGGAAGUCCAUGGAGAGAAGUAAUUUUUCAGUGGAAUUAAACAGCAGCAAUAAUAGGGCCACCUGCAAUGGGAUUGAUGAGAUACCAAACAAGGAAGCAGAGAUUGACACAAUGGCAUGUGAGGAACUUGUUUUUAGAACUUUAAAGCUCCCACUUUUAUCUAGUUCGCAGCCCACUGUUAUUGAGACAGGAAAAGUUACUGCUAAGGUAUCUGAUGUGUCCAGAGAAGCCUCUCAAGGUGUGGUAAAAGAGAAAAAUUUCCAUGACAUGCCAAAAGAUGAACUCUUGGAGCCUGUGUUUGACAAAGACACUAGCUGGGACGAGAAUCCAAAGGCCAGUUCAGCUGGAAGGGUUUGGGAAGAAAGAAAGGUUAACUCACAAGAUGAUGCUACACUCUACCCAAGAAAGGAUGGCCAUUGCAAUAGAGAGAAAACUUCUGACUCAGCUAAAAGUGAAUCAAAUACUUCUAGGGGGAAGAAAGUUCUUAACAUGGAAAUUUUAGAUUCCCCCAAGAAGAAGGCCAGUCAGGGAGCUUCAUGGCAUGAUCAAGAGAGCACAAAAUUACCCGUGGAGAAGGAACAUGUAUCUUCUAGGGGGAAAAAGAAAUCCAAGGGAAUUCAGAGCCAUAAAGACUUGGGCACAGAGCUACCAAAAGAAAGUUUAAGGAUUGUUUCAUCUGUAUCUAAAAUAAAGAAAAACACUCAUGCGGAUACUUAUGCAACUAAAAGAGAAUCAGAUGAAUUCAGAUCACAGAAGAAUGCUGGAAGAGCUGAAGAUAGGUACAAAGAGUUUUUUGGUGACAUGGUGGAUUCCGAAGAAGAGAACCUGACAAGUCCUCUGGAAAUGAAGGAUUCUGAGAAGGUUGAAAAAGGCAACUCUGCUAUGAACAACGUGUCAAAGGAGAGAUCAAGUGGCAAGAAAAUUGGAAAGGUUGUAAAUUCAGAGUAUCCAAAAGCGGUUCUGGAUGUUGCUUCUCGAGCUACAAAUGGAUCCAUCUCUGAUGCAGCUCAUACAACUGCAGCUCCUGUAUUGAUAGAAGAAAAUUGGGUAAUGUGUGACAGGUGUAGGAAGUGGCGGCUUCUUCCACAUGGGAUAAAUCCUGAUGUUCUGCCUGAGAAGUGGGUUUGUAGCAUGCUGGAUUGGCUGCCUGGAAAGAACCGAUGCAGUACACCGGAGGAUGAAACAACAGCAGCUGUUCUUGCAAUGUAUACUGUCCCUGUCCCAGAUGGUCAAAAUACCCUGCAUGGCAAUCCUGGUGGUGGUAUAUUCCAACCUACUGUGGCUAAUAUCAGGGACCCUGGUUAUAAGAAGAAACAUGGUUUGAAAGAAACAAUAGAUGCAACAAUUAAAGAGGCUCCAACUCAGGUUAUGAACUCGAUGAAAAAGAGCAUGCAUGAAUCAAUGAGAAAUGGGAGCCUGAAUGGUGGGAACCAAUCUCCCCUUGUAAGUGAACCUAAUUUUCCACAGGUAAAUAAGUCCAGUGACUUUCCCUUGGAGAGACACAAACCCAAACAGAAAGAAAAACUGAAAGUUGUCGAUCGCCGUUCUGAUGGAGGUGAUGUCAAGAGUUUAAAGAUGAAAAGCAAAAGGGCUGAUCAAGAUUGUUUCAGAGUUUCAAAGAAAAUCAAGACUGAAAGCUUACGUUCUACUGAUGAAGAUUAUCCAGCUGAGCAGGGUGGGCCUAUGAGAAGGGUGGGUCCAAUCUCCAGCAAUGACUUGCCUUCUAUGUCAGCUGAGAAGGAUAGGUCUAAAUACAAUGACCACCCCAAUGACUCACGGUCUGACAAAAAGGUCAGAUUACAAGUCUGCACGGAAAAAAAGAAAGAAAAAGUUCAGGCCUUGGAUGAUGGAUUGCUAGAUUUGGGAAACAGUGAAAAUAGAUGCGUUGGGAAAAAGAGGAAGUUGAAGGAAAGUCAUGAUAGUCAGGUUUCUUUGGGGUCACUUCCAGGUGCGGGAAAUAAUCUUCUGGAUGGGAGAGAUUCUGUUAAGGAGGCGUUCAGCGAAAAUGAUUAUAGGAAGGGAAAGAAGGCCAGGGUAUCCAACUCAGGGGGGAAGGACUCCAGUGUCAGUAAAGGAACUUCCAGAUCAGACAAAAAAGGUAGCCAUGCUAAGAAUCAAACACGAGGAAAAGAUUUAGGCAGCACUUUGUCUCAGCGAAGCUUGGAUGGAGUGGAUUCACUGAAAAGGGAUUUCGGAAUUGUGCAGACAUCUGUAGCAGCUACUUCUAGCUCAUCUAAGGUUUCUGGCUCUCAUAAAACUAAAGCUAGCUUCCAUGAAACCAAGGGCUCUCCGGUGGAAUCAGUUUCUUCUUCACCUAUGAGAAUUCUCAAUCCAGAUAAGCUAACAUUGAACAGAAGGAAAUUGGCAGGGAAAGAUGAGUCUCAUAAUACUGGAUUUUUCACCACAGGUAGUCCAAGAAGAUCUUCGGAUGGUGAUGAUGAUGGUGGGAGUGAGAGGUCAGGAACAGGAAAGAAGAAAAAGUCUUUUCCUGUUACUCAGCAUGGGUCAGUUGAAUCAUUUGGGAUUAAUUUUCAGGAUAAGAAUGUUAAUCACUUAACUAGUAGCAAAGCUAAAACGCAGAGUGUGCCCUCUCCUGAUGUCAUAAAUCACCAUUUCACAAAUGGUAGUGUGCAUGGUCUAGCACAAGAUUCUCGAUAUCCUAGUAAGCCAACAACUUUGGAUCAGUGCCGUGAUGAAGAGAGAAAAAAUGACUACCAUUAUCAUGGUAAUGAAUCUCGUUCAAAGAAGUCAGGAAAAAGUUCCUCUUCGAGGUCCAAGGACAAGAACCGAAGUUCAAGGUCCGACUCUGUCGAUGAACUGCAAGAUCGUGCCCCACAAUGCGAAGUAAAGCUCAAGGAUGGUAGAAUCAAAUUCCAAGAAAAGUUUGGGCUCAAAUCUGAUGGAAAUGAGACUAAAUAUGCAGAUAAGAAAGAAUUUGCUGGAAAGUUGUCCAAUGAGAUAAAUAAAAGAGAUAGUCAAUCAAAUGUAGGACACCAAGGUAAUUCAGAUGCUAGAUUAGAUGUAAAUUGUGUCCAGGAUGGAAUGUCUAAUCUGAAGCAAGGCAUUCCUCAAGACAACAGCGAAAAAUCUUCAAAAAGAUUGGUGCCAGAUAAGAGUGAUAAAUUGGAAAUAGUAUCAGAGACAGGGAAGUCACUAUCAUUGCCCCCUUCAACUGGAGCUCAAGUUGAAACAUUGGCUCGUUGUCCGCAGCCAGUUUCUGGAUCAAAUAAAGCUAAUAGAGCUGAAAUCUUGGCGGUCGAUAUGGCUCAAGGUGAUGAUGCAUCAAAGAUGCCUAAGCAAACCAGAAAGAAUGAUCAGAAUGGAAGCCAGCGCAUACAUUCAAGACACCCAACAACCAAUGGGCACAGGACCAGGGAUCCUGAUGCCCCCAGUCCAUCAAGAAAGGAAUCCUCGAGUCAGGCUGCAACAAAUGCUGUGAAAGAAGCCAAAGAUUUGAAACACCUGGCAGAUCGUCUUAAGAACUCUGGGUCAAAUCUUGAGAGUACGGGGCUUUACUUCCAGGCUGCCCUCAAGUUUCUACAUGGAGCCUCUCUAUUAGAAUCCUGCAGCAUAGAGAGUGCAAAGCACGGAGAGAUGAUUCAGUCAUUGCAAAUGUAUAGUAGCACUGCAAAACUCUGCGAGUAAGUUUUGGCAUUAUGCUAGGAUAAUCCAUUCUCAUGACAUUGUUUUCUGUCUUGAUGUAUGGUUUUUUUAUGAUUGAUUCCAAGCUAGUAUGUCAUGUUCCACUAGUAACCAGUCUAGAAUUGAACUGAAGAGGUUAAUUUCUGCUGUCUGUUUCGCACAUUAUACAUUCUGUUGCUUGUUAAAAACUUCACCAAUGUCACGUUGACGAAUGUGAGACUUAAACACCUAA